GCUGGGCGAGGUGUCCCUGCUGCACGACAUGGACCGCCUCUCCACCACCGUCACCACCUCCGUGGUGGAGGUGCUGCUGCUGCAGAAGCGCGACUUCGACAACGUCCUCAAGGCCUCCAUCAUGAAGACCUGGGAGGAGAUGCGCGAGGCCAUGGCGUCCUUCCCCUACUUCGAGCACUGGGGCGAGGUGGCCAUGCGGGAGACGUGCAUCAUGGCCAAGAUACUCCACUUCAAGAAGGACGAGACCAUUCUCGGAGACGGCCACGGGCACCCGAACAUGGCGUACUUCCUGAUGAAGGGCCGGGCCACGCUGAUCCAGCACAUGGUGCUGGUGCCCAAGGUGUCCAGCGCGGGGCUGGUGCGGUACACGUGCGUGCCGACCGGCGCCGCCACACCGCCGGGCGCCCAGACGCACUUCAUGCAGGUGGCCAUCCUCAGCAAGGGCGAGUGCUUCGGCGUGGGUGAGGACAUGGCGGACCGGCGCGUGGUGGCCAACGGGCCCGUGUCCGUGCUGCUGGUGCCCCGGUACGUGCUGCUGCAGCGCGGCCACGGCAACCUCUGGGCGCGCAUCCGCCGCUUCCUCAACUCGCGUUACCCUACCCAGGAGGCGCUGCUGCAGCAGUUCCUCAACGGGCGAGACUGGGCGCGGUACCGGCGCGAGCUGGUGCUGCACCUGCUGCAGGCCCGGCCCGCCGUCGCCGACACCACCGUCCACGACGUGCCGCUGUCCACGCGCAGGCAGUUCAUCCCGUCCGAAAAGCACACCUGCUACGAGCUGGGCCGCCUGGAGGACCCGCGGGCGUGGCGCUGGCGUGCGGCCAAGAGGGAGCGCGCGGCCCUGGAGCAGCGCGUGCAGGCCACCAAGAGGGAGCACCGCGCCGAGCUCGCCUUCCAGGAGGAGCAGCGCAGCCGGCAGAGGGGCGUCAAGUUCGCCUGA